UUGAAGUGUUUUGAAGAUUUUACCAAAUGUUGCAAGGAGUCUGGAAUCCUUAUGGUAGUAAAAUGCCGGAAAGAAAAUUCUGCAUUGAAAGAAUGUCUCACUGCUUACUAUAAUGAUCCAGCCUUUUAUGAAGAAUGCAAAACAGAGUAUUUGAAGGAAAGGGAAGAAUUCAGAAAAACAGGAGUUCCUACCAAGAAAAGGCUACAGAAGCUUCCCACAAGCAUGUAAGGAAAGUUCAAAUAUAUUAGGACACUCAUACUUAUGGAAAGAAUUUAUAAUAUAAAUCACCUGAAACAAUGAACUUCAGAGUGUGUUUGGUUUAUCCUAAUUAUGAAAAUACUAAUUUUAUAUGAAAUAGAAUUCUGGUUUAUUAAUUAAGGGAUAGAAUUCAGAAUACUGAAAUGGGACAUGGUUUUCCUGGUCAUUCUGGAUUUUUUUGACACAACUCUGUGUGGAUGUUAUCUUCUUCAAUUGCUAAUUGUGGGGAUCGAAAGUACUACAGGAAGUUGGAAUGAACGAUCUUCAAAGGUGUUAUUAGGCAGGAUAGCAGAAUGGCUGUGACCCAGAAUCCUUCCUAGUUCUACCACUCAUUAACUGUGUAAUAAAUGUCAGAGUUACUGUGAGGAUUUACUGAGUAUUUCAAGUACAGAUAAAGUAUACAGGAAAGGACUUCAGACCUGGUAGAUGCUCUGAGAUCGACCACCCCUCAGAGGAACAAAAGACACUCACAAUAAUGUAAGCCACAAAGCGAGGUUUAUUUCCAGCCACCUGGGGUCCAGGUAUCCGCCCGACGCAGCGGGUUUCAAUGAGGACCCCAAAUGCAGAGUUCAGGCUGCUUUUAUAUUUUUUUUAAACAUUAGUCAUGGUCACACAGCAAUUUUUU